AUGUACCCUGAAGCAGGGUCGCCGAUCGCCGCUGAUAGCAACACAUGCCUUGAUAAGUGGCCUCCGAUUCGUGGUGGCCAGAUCGGAUAUCGCCGUGCACUAGAAGAAUCAACCAGUAAGCAGCAAAAUGGAACAAGAGUGGAGGAAAAGUGGAGUGAAAUGGAUGAAGCCGGGGGAUUGGCAUUCCUGAAGGGACCCAAUCGCCCGUCCACUUCUAACAAGGAUGCGGAGAUCCUCAAACACACCGUCGGAAGUCCAGACAAGACAGUCAGGGGGGAAGAGGCAAGUUGCCCUGAGGUUGCAUCCAAGCGAGUCCUGCAGAUCUACGUUCAGAAGUGGUUUGAAGCGCGGGAGAUUACUCGAAGUGAUCGCCCAUGCCCAGCGAACCAACGUGCAUCAUUCAUCGUGAAAUGA